AUGGGUGAUUUACCUAAAUCCCGAGUGAGUAACGCGACUCCCUUUGAUAAUACCGGGAUCGAUUUCUGCGGCCCUUUCUACAUUAAGGAGAAAAAGUAUCGAAAUCAAAAGCGAAUCAAGGUAUACGUGUGUGUGUUCGUAUGUAUGGCCGUAAAGGCAGUACAUUUAGAAAUCGUAAGCGACAUGACCACCGAUGGUUUUUUAGCAGCCUUGCGUCGCUUUAUAGCGAGACGAGGGAUACCGACACGCGUCUAUUCGGACAAUGGGACUAACUUUGCAGGUGCGAAUAAUCACCUGAGAGAACUAUAUGUUCUAUUCAACUCCGAUGAACACAGGAAUCGUACGAAUCGAUUCUCGGUUGAACAUCACAUUACGUGGCAUUUUAUACCUCCCAUAGCUCCACAUUUCGGUGGACUAUGGGAAUCCACUGUAAAACUAUUUAAACAUCAUUUUGAGCGUGUUGUCGGUGAGCUCUUGUUUACAUUUGAGGAACUAAAUACCUUUACUAUAGAAAUCGAAGGAAUAUUAAAUUCCAGACCCAUCUGCGCUCUCUCAUCCGAUCCCAAUGAUCUGUCUGUCCUUACACCUGCACAUUGCUUAAUCGGCAGACCACUGAUUAAUAUGCCCGAGCCUGAUCUCUCGUCUGUCCCAGCCAACCGUCUGUCCACCUGGAAGCACACCAUGAAGGUGCGGCAAGAUUUCUGGGCUCGCUGGAACCUGGAAUAUGUCAACGAGCUCCAAAUCCGUACUAAAUGGACUAAAGACGGAGAAAAAAUCAGCGUCGGAACGAUCGUCCUCAUCAAGGAAAAGGGCCUUCCCUGCGGUCAAUGGGCGCUAGGGAGAAUCGAAGAAAUCCAUCCAGGUCAAGAUGGAGUGGUGCGAGUCGUUUCCGUGAAAACGGCAACCGGAACAUUAAAGCGAACCGUGAAGUGUCUAUGUCCACUUCCCUUCGAUCAAUAA